GUGAAGCCUGCCUAAAACCACUUAGAGAAGCCAGCAUUUACUCCCGGGAGAGACGGAAAACACUCGUGUGGGAGACUCCCGAGGCAGGAGUAUCUCCUUCGAUGGAAGAGGAAAGAGGAACCUUCCCGCUCAGCACCUCUACAGCCGUUUGACGGCAAUGGUUUAUAAACAGAGGUAUCACUGAUUAUGGUUUUGCGUGAAACUUCAAGGACUUGCUUCCAUCAGAGUGCUGUGCUUGUACAGAUCUUGCCCACUGAGUCUCUGUCUAGACACACUUCACACCUUGUGACUUGCUAUGUGCCUGGGUGUUCUGGGUGCGAGACACAAAUGCACACAAAGAGAUAAUCCAACACUCUAAGCUCCCCGGCUUCCUAUUGUGGUUAAGCAAGCGAGGCACAGAAGCAGCUCACUGUCCUCAACACACCUUGAACCCUCUCACCCGGAUUGUGAGGCAGACCUCGCACACGCUCACCGCGCCCGACUGCCAGCUGCCAACUCGGCCUCCUGCCACAGCCAUGGACUCGCUGGUGAAGAAGUCUCUGGCUGCUCCCGUCAAGCAGCUCACCUGCUGCAUGGCGGGCGCCAAGGACAACGACAACUGGGUCAGCAGGAACGCCAGGAACCUCAAGGGGGGGAAGGGAAAGAGCGCCCCCUCCAGGACGGCCCAGGCCGCGCCGGACCCGGCCCUGAUUCGCUCGUACCAGGCCGACCUGGAGAGGGAGAGGAAACUGAGGGAGGCGAGGAAUGCCCAGAAGAACGCGGAGAGGGCAGCCAUGAGGGCUCAUUUCAGGAGAAAGUACCAGCUCGCAAAGAACUCCAAGGACACCAGCCAGCUGAAAGCAGUGGGAGGGAAGGUGGCGCUCCCCCGCGAACUGUCUGCGAUGGUGCGGCCCGAAUCCUCCUCCAAGGACGAAGCGUACAGCAUAUUUGGUGCCUUCCAGGGCAUUAACCUAAAUCUGGGGAUGCUGACGGGCGGUGCACAGAAGCAGACGCCAGCGAACGGGGAGCAGUGCCGGGUCAUGUGAUGCACAUGACCGCGUUCGCCCGGCUCCUGCUGAGUCACACCCUGCGGCACUCCUGCGCUGAACCAAAUCCAGAGAAACAGGCACACACUACCCUGCGCUGAGCCUAACCCAGAGAAACAGGCACACACUACCCUGCGCUGAACCUAACCCAGAGAAACAGGCACACACUACCCUGCGCUGAGCCUAACCCAGAGAAACAGGCACACACUACCCUGCGCUGAACCGAAUCCAGAAAAACAGGCACACACUACCCUGCGCUGAACCUAACACAGAGAAACAGGCACACACUACCCUGCGCUGAACCGAAUCCAGAGAAACAGGCACACACUACCCUGCGCUGAACCUAACCCAGAGAAACAGGCACACACUACCCUGCGCUGAACCUAACCCAGAGAAACAGGCACACACUACCCUGCGCUGAACCUAACCCAGAGAAACAGGCACACACUACCCUGCGCUGAACCUAACCCAGAGAAACAGGCACACACUACCCUGCGCUGAACCUAACCCAGAGAAACAGGCACACACUACCCUGCGCUGAGCCUAACCCAGAGAAACAGGCACACACUACCCUGCGCUGAACCUAACCCAGAGAAACAGGCACACACUACCCUGCGC